CAGUAACCCAGCAAUGAAGAGAACCAAGAGAGAUCGAUUCCGCGAAACCAAGGAAAAACUCCGAUGCUCUCCAAGCCUUUCCUUGCUCCGAGAAUUCCGGACCUGCAUACGGGAUGACGCUCCUACUCAUGGCUCUAUUCACGAAGCUAUUACUGCUGUGUAUCGUGAUUGAAGCCAGGGAGACCGAGAACUCGAAUGUCUCCAGGUUGGUAAGUCACGUCCCGUGGAGUCUGAUGAUUCUUCUGCAACCACGUGAGCCUCGCUUGGAUGGUUCACUUAUACCAAAAGUCAACCGAGCGAGGAGUCGUCAACAUGGUCGUCAACAUGAACAAGAAAAACAUCACUUGAACAACCCCGCGUUGCAUACCCAUGAACCAUGAAGCUUUUUGGCUUGUGAGUUCUUGACUCUAGACUCAAAACAGAACAAGCCGACUCGCAAGAUCCCUACCUGCCAGUCCUGCCUGGCGAGCCUAGCUCCCUGGUCUUGUGCGGCGUCUAUCUCCCACGCAAGUGCGCGCCUA